AUGGAUCCAGCACAAUUCGGCUACAGCACCAUUCCUCUCAACCACGCGCCAUACGGCCCAAUCGUUCCAUCCGCUCUAGAUGGAUCCAAUGCCGGAAAAGUAGCCCUCAUAACGGGAGCCGGACAAGGCAUCGGUGCCGCCAUCGCAGAAUCGCUAGCAAAAUCUGGAGCUCACUUAGCCAUCCUCGACCUAAACACCGACAACCUCACACAAACCAAGAAGACAUGUUCAGCUUCCGGAGGAAAAGUUGAGGCAUAUGGCUGCGAUGUCACGGAUUUGGAGCGCGUGAAGGAGGUCUUCGCGCAAGUGGAGAAAGAAUUAGGACCAAUCGACAUAUUGGUGAACAACGCGGGCAUAUUUACUCAGCGACCGUUCAUCAUGGGUAGCUUUGACACGUUUUGGAAACAGAUCGAGGUCAACUUCAAGGCUCCUCUAAUGCUCAUCCACGCCGUCCUUCCUCAAAUGCGCGACCGCGGCCACGGCUGUAUCAUCAACAUCGCCUCUCGCUCCGGUACUGUCGACGUACCCAUGACGUUGGGAUACGUGACGUCAAAAGCUGCCCUGAUGCGUGCUACACAUACACUGCAGCUGGAGAUGGAAUUAGAUGGACUGGACCCAGCAAUUCAUAUGUACGCGCUGCAUCCAGGUGGAGUGAGAGGCAACAUGGGCGGAGCUGGCGCACCAGAUGAUGUGAAACAGAAGUACGGCGACAUUACGGACGAAGAGUUCUUCAAAGACCUUUUCAAGGACGGACCGUCGCUUUGCGGUCAGACCUGUGCGUGGUUGGCUAGUGGAAAGGGGAAGGAGUUGAGAGGACUGUUUCUGGAUUGCCGGCAAGAUGUGACGAAGCUCUUGGAUAUCGGACGAGAAACACUGCUGAAGGAGAACCGGAAUAGGCUGACUGUCAAUUUCAUCGAUGGAUACUGCAAUGAGCCAUAA